UUCAGGUAUUUGCAAAGAAUGUGAUCGACUUACUUACUGCUGAGGCAUGGUUCUCUGAAGACAAACAGCUAAAAGAGAAGAUUGCUAAACUAAGCAUCGAAACCAGCGUACCAUCCGAGUAUACUAGAAUGAUCCAAUUAGAGCACACAGAAGAAUUGAAACCCAGCGACACUGCCGGAAAGAAAAAGACAGCAAGCAAUGGCGAGAAACAGAAGAUGAUAUCAAGAACGAUCCCGCUACAAAGCCUCGGGAUAGGCUUUGGUGAUAAAACAGCCACCAGAGAGAAUGUUCCACCAGGAUUUGGCGAACAGAGAGCACCUGAUGCUGCAGAGAAGUUUGUCAAGGCUGCUUCGAGCUGUUGUGUGUCAUUGUGCAACAAAUGUUGCUGCAUGUGUUGUGUCCAAUGCUGCACUAAGCUCAAUGAUCAAUGUGUCCUUGUCUUCACACAGCUCUUCACAGCGAUUGCUUGCCUUGCCUGCUUUGAAUGUUGCUCAGCUAUUUGCUGCUCUGGAGACGACGGGUAGUUAUAAUGUUAAACAAAAAAACCGGUUUUGAAUUCAAGUGUAACGCUUUUUAAGUUUCAAAGUAAGUUUGUACAUUUACAUACACGUUGCAUGUACGGCCUCAUCAAAUAUAAAAGCUAUGUUUUUUUUCUUUUUUUUUUUUGUAAAGUUGCUUCAGGGGAGUAAAGUGUAAAAAGAAGAGACAAAUCCAUGUGUUUCUUUCACAA